UGUAAAAGAAACACUGUUCAGACAAAAUGACCGGAUGAUUAAGAGGUGAAACAAUGUGAGAACACUGUGUGAGACCAGAACACUUUCUAAGAGAAACACAAUUCAAAAGGAUUUUUAUCUUUUUUUCUUUUUGGAUAUCUUAUGGGAGUCCAUAAAGAGUGGAAUUAAGUUGGAGGACUCUAAAACACUUUCCUGGUUUUAGACAAAGCUCAUGGAGGGACAGCAUACACUGAGCAUGGAGAACACCUCCCUGCACAUGAACCUUUCAGCAAGGCUAAACAAUUCCUUGCCUGGCUUGGAGUACAGCAAAGGAGAGGUGGUAUUAAUUAGCAUCUUAAUGGUGAUUCUGAUUGUAGGCAUUGUCUUCGGCAAUGUGCUGGUCAUCAGUGCUAUUGUAAAAUUCCAGCGUUUGCAGACGGUCACCAACUACUUCAUCAGCUCCUUGGCCUGCGCAGAUCUGGUCAUGGGCCUUAUGGUAGUGCCAUUUGGCGCAUGCUACAUUCUCCUCAACAAGUGGCACUUCGGAAAAUUCUUCUGCGAGUUUUGGACGGCUACGGAUGUAUUGUGUGUGACCGCUAGCAUUGAGACGUUGUGCGUGAUUGCCCUGGACCGGUACGUGGCAAUUAUGUGGCCUUUGCGCUAUCAGUCAAUGCUUACGAAGCAGAAGGCCUGUGGGGUGCUCCUAGGGGUGUGGGCAGUGGCCGCCCUCAUCUCUUUCUUGCCCAUCCACAUGGAGUGGUGGGUGUCAGAUGAACCUGAAGCACUGAGCUGCUUGGAGAACCCGACCUGCUGUGACUUCAACACUAAUGCCGCCUAUGCUGUGACCUCCUCCAUUAUCUCCUUCUACAUCCCGCUGGUCAUCAUGGCAUUUGUGUACAGCCGGGUCUUCCAGGAGGCCCGUAGACAGCUUCAGAAAAUCGACCACAUCGAAGGGCACAUACGAACACAGAGCUUCAGCACCCAGGAGGGAAAUGAGGUAAAGAACCGGAAGACCAAGUUCUGCAUGAAGGACCACAAAGCUCUGAAGACCUUAGGAAUCAUCAUGGGAACCUUCACCCUCUGCUGGCUCCCGUUUUUUGUGCUUAACGUGGUGGCAGCAAUCUGGAAGAUGGACAACAUCAUGUUGCCAUUCAGGAUCUUGAACUGGAUCGGAUACGCCAAUUCCGCCUUCAACCCCUUGAUCUACUGCAGGAGUCCUGAGUUUAGAUGCGCCUUUCAGGAGGUCCUGUGCUGGAGAACUUCUCAGUUACCUUCCACAAAGAAUAACAAGGGAUAUACCUACAGCAGCCACAUCUGGACACAAGUCAACAUGAAGACCACCAGACAACGAGAGCCCUCAGCAGCUUGUGAAACGGAAAUGAGUGCUGACUGUUUAACUGCAGGUACCAAAAACAUUGUAAUAAAGCUGUGACAUCCAACUUUUAAACGUUUGAAACCUUAAUGUUCAUAGUCCCUGUACGUAAUUUUAAAACACUAGAGACCUUUCUGUUUGAGGCCACUUUUGUCUGUGACAAAACAUGGUUUUUAGGUUUUGUAGUACUUGACCCAAGAAGAUUUAACUAUAAACACAAUAUUUAAUAGGUUCUGUUGACAUAUGCUUAUACUUUUAUUGACUGAGUCAGAACUAAUGAAACUGAAGUAGCUUCUGUUUCUGGACAAAGAAGAAAAUGUGUGCAAGAAAUCUAGGACAGAGUUUCACAGUCUACCUCUGAAUCACUACCUCGGGACAGUUUUCAUGUCUCAGUUUUCAUGUUCCAGUUUUCAAGCUAAAACCUGCGUGGAUAGUUAAUUCAUAAUUUAUAAAAAAUUCCUCAACUUAAAAACAGAGAGUCUGGAUUUGUAAAAUAUGAAAAAUUAGUAAAAUAUGCAUUACAUAUCUUAAAGAGAAUCAGAGGGUUGUCUUGUACUAGACAGACUUGUUACAUUCCAUUAAGAGCUUUGGCUCAGUGAAAGCCAGGGUCUUCAGUAUCUCUGAGCACUCCUCCAGAGAGAGGAAAUAUAACCUUCUGAUGCGGGACAACAGGUGCACAUUGCUGUCUGUGCUAUAACCAGCUGUUCUUGUUGAAACUAAAAAAGUGAGAGAGCCAUGUAGUUCUCUCCAAGCCCUGCACUUCAACCUUCCCCUGCUAACAUUUCCACUGGAAAACUGUUUUAAGGUUACAGCUGAAAUUUUAUCUAUAAAGGUUCAUAUUAUAAGGUGUGCCACAGGCUGGGUGGCACAAUAAUAAUGGUUUAUUUAACAUGUCACUAUUUGCAAGGAAGGUGCCAAGUUAUUCUCAUUGUUUAAUACUAUUUAAAUGCUGAGUUUGUAAAUCUUAACAAAAUAAUAACAAAAUACCUGUUUCUUAAUUUCAGGAAUAUAGCUUCUAGCAUCAAAUUCAUAGGGGUAGGUUUCCAUUACUGUUGUGUUGGUACUGUUUAAAGAAAUAUUGAACAGUCCAUUGAGCAAAAAUUGUAAAUUCACCUGAUACUGAACUGACAGGUGCUUAUUUUUAUCUUUUUUGUUUUAUAUAAUAGCCAGGGCAAUGUACUUGAUUAUGACACAUACAUGACUGGAAAAUCUGUCAUUACAAAAAACCUGACAAAUGUAUGCUUACAUGCUGGCCCACAGCUGAUGUCACUGACAUGUUCACUCACAUACACAGCCCCAUUCGUGUGU